CCUAAAUUCCGCGAUGGAGCGCCACGAGCGAACUCCCAUCUUUCUGCGUCCCGAUCAUCCGCCCGCCCGACUGUUUAAAGCAUGUCGUCGCUGUCGCAAGCAGAAGAUGCGCUGCGACGCUCGCCAGCAAAUCCCCUGUUCGCGCUGUAAAUCCGCCGGCCACGAUUGCCUGGUGGAUCCCAUCCAGCGCGGGCGUUCGCAGCGAGACGACCACCGACGAUACGGACGCGAUCGAGAUCCUCUCUCGCCCGGUAGCUCUCGUCUCUCCCCCGAAGCAGGCGAGAGCUCCCUGCUGGAAUCGCCGCCGUCCCGCUCGCGUCGCAACAGCCGCCACGGCCUCGAAAUCCAGCAGUUCAGCCCCCAGGAGAUGAUCGCGCCGCAGUCCGCCAUGCACUCCAUCUCCGUGAACCUGGGCGGAUCGACGGACGAGAUCUUCGUCGGCGAGCCCUCGUCCGGGCCCGGCGACCCAGCCAGCGACGUGAUCGCGCGCGGGAUCCUGCCCGAAGAGCAGGCCCGCGGCAUCUACGAGCGCUUCGUCACGGGCAGCAAGAACUUCCUGCCCCUGUUCGACCCCAUUCGCGACACCUUCGACUCCAUCCGCAGCCGCUCGCUGUUCUGCUUCUCCGUCAUCCUGUACCUGGCCAGUCGGGCGGUUCCGGAGCUGCGCGGCGACGGACACCUGCAGCGCGUGCUGCAGGACGAGGCGCAGCGUCUGGCCGAGGAUAGUUUCUUCGAGCGCCCGACGAAGCUGGAGACCGUGCAGGGCAUGAUCCUGCUGGCGGCGUAUUCGGAGAAGACGUGGUUUUCGACGGCGCUGAUUCUGCGCACGGCGCUGGACUCCGGGCUCGAGAAGUCGUUGGAUACGUUGCUGGCGCAGACGGAGACACCCCGCAGCUAUAUCGCGGCGUCGUUGGAGGAUCGGAAGUUGGUCUGGCAGACGCGGACGUGGUUGAUUAGUUUCACGCUGGAGUUGGAUGUGGCGUCGGGGACGGGCAGGAAGUCGCGCCUGAGCGAGGUCGAUGUGGUGAAGUUGAGGCGGUUCUUGGAGUAUCCGCUCUCGCUGCCGAGUGAUAUGCGUAAUGUCUGUAUCAUCGAGUUGCAUCAGUUGAGGGCGCGCUCGCGACAAAUCAUUGAGAGCUCGUCGGCGGCGGAGCUGACGGGCGUGGAGUUGCCGGCUGUGAUGACGCGGUUGCAGAAUUGGUGGACGUCGUGGGAUGAGAUUCAUGAUCAUAAUGGCUUCCAUGCCGGCGCCUUCCAGCGCUGCAGUCUCAAAAUGAUGCUGAACUACGCCAAAAUCUACGUGCUCUGCGCCACCAUCGCGCGCAUCCAGAAACUCGACCCCGAUGCAUCCGAGCCAGAGUCCGACAUCGUCCAGGGCCUAUGGAAAUCCCUCGUCGAGGUGAUCAUGAACCAGCUGGCCUUGCUCGUCACCGAGACCGCCUACCGCUGCCAACUGACCUGGGCGCCGACCUACCCGGCCCUAACCAUUGCUUUUGUCACUACCUUCGCCGUGCGCAUCGCACGCUGGCGUCCCGCCCUCAUCGACCAAACCCUGCUCCUGCACCGCGUGCAGCAAAUCAGCGACUUCAUCAAACUCCCGCCCUACCCGGACAUCCACCGCACGGUGUCGAUUUUCGUGCGCUACGCCGGCGCUUUGACUGCCAACCGCGGAUCCUGCCACACCGCUGGCCCACCAUCCUCGUCACAGCCCGACAGACCACACGCUCCUGCCCAUGGUCAUUCCCAGGGCCCGACCCACGCCAGGACCAGCGCCAGCACGCGAUACGAGCCCAGCAUGCUCGAGACCCACGAUCCCGGCGCCAACGCCAACCUGUCAGGCGCUGCGUCGGAGGAUACCGCCGUGUCUGCAGGCGGGACAGGGACCGGGACAGGAAACGGGCAGGCGGCGACGAAUGGGGCCGCGAGUGCCGGGGCCGGGGCCGGGGGGAGCAGUGGGACCGGGGCGCCGAUCAUGAGCAUGGAAGUGCCCAACUGGACGCUGUCGACGCCGAUUGCGGACUCGUUUGGGUUGUUCGAGGAGGGCCAGGCGGACGUGUUUGAUUUUUUACCUGCCAUGGCGGGUAUGUAGUCAUUAUCUUCAGUCGUUCAGUCAGUAGUAGGGCAGAGCAUCGGGUGUGAAUAGCUGCAUGUAAAUAGUUAGAUAUAUCAAUCGAUCGAUAGAUAGCAAUUGAAUCUCCCAUACACAAUCC